UGCAGCCUUCAUCUUUUUGUCAUCGCCGUGAGCUUUUCCCGAAGAAGUAGCGCCUCCUGUCGGUCGCUUUUCUUCUUCGUUUUUCUCCGGUCUUCUUCGUUUCCUCUCCGUUAUUCUUCGAGCUUCCUCGUCGGCCUUCGUGCUGCUUCGUUCGUCAUCUCGCUUCCUGGUUCCGCCGCUGAAGUGUCUCCGGCGCCCCGCUCAACAAGUCCAAAGUUGUCCAAACACGUUCGGAGGGAUGGCCGCCUUGACGGAGAGCCCUGAUGCGAGAGGGACGCCAGCGGCACCUCACCGAGAACUGUGACGUGCAAGACGACAGCGUCUCUUUUUGGAUUUCCACGAGCGGUUGGAAGCGAAGUAGGCGGGCUAGCUUUUAGCCACCUAGCGCGCUAGCUGCUCCUAGCUAGACAAACGUCAGAGCGAUCCGUUAUCCGCCCCGCGCGCGGGAGCUGGCGGACGCUUGGUCGGGUUCGGGUGUUCCAACGGCAGGCGUGGAGUCGGCCGUUAGCCGCUGGAACGGAGUGGAGCAUGGAGAACAGGGACAAGGUGCAGAUGCGGAACCACCCUCGCAGGCAGCUGAAGAAGCUGAGCGAGGACAGCCUGACCAAGCAGCCCGAGGAAGUGUUCGACGUCCUGGAGAAGUUGGGUGAAGGGUCGUACGGCUGCGUGUUCAAGGCUCACUACAGAGAGACGGGAGAGAUCGUGGCUAUCAAACAAGUUCCCGUCGAGUCGGACCUGCAGGAGAUCAUCAAGGAGAUCUCCAUCAUGCAGCAGUGCAACAGUCCACACGUGGUGCGCUACUACGGCAGCUACUUCAAGAACAGGGACCUGUGGAUUGUCAUGGAAUACUGCGGGGCGGGAUCUGUGUCCGACAUCAUACGCAUACGCAGCAAGACACUGAGUGAGGAGGAGAUCGCCAGCAUCCUUCAGUCGACGCUGAAGGGUCUGGAGUACCUUCACUUCAUGAGGAAAAUCCACCGCGACAUCAAGGCGGGAAACAUCCUCCUCAACACGGAGGGUCAGGCCAAGCUGGCCGACUUCGGCGUCGCCGGUCAGCUGACGGACACCAUGGCCAAGAGGAACACGGUGAUCGGGACGCCCUUCUGGAUGGCGCCAGAGGUGAUCCAGGAGAUCGGCUACAACUGCGUGGCCGACAUCUGGUCGCUGGGCAUCACCGCCAUCGAGAUGGCUGAGGGCAAGCCGCCCUACGCCGAUAUCCACCCCAUGAGGGCCAUCUUCAUGAUCCCCACCAACCCUCCCCCGACGUUCCGUAACCCCGAUUCGUGGUCGGCGCAAUUCCGGGACUUUGUGAGCCAGUGUUUGGUGAAGAACCCGGAGCACAGGGCCACCGCCACGCAACUGCUGCAGCAUGCUUUCAUCAAGGCGGCCAAGCCCAGCAGCAUCCUCAGAGCGCUCAUCAGCGACGCCAUGGACAUUAAAGCCAAACGGCAGGAGGCGGCGGCGGUGCUCGCCGAGCAGGAUGACGACAACGAAUACGACAAUUCUGAGGAGGACGAAGUGGACCAGGGCACCAUGGUGAGGGCGGGGCCAGGCGACUCGGCAACCAUGCGUGCCGCCAGUUCACUGGGCAACACGUUGAACGCCGCGGGCCAGCGAGACCCCGACAACGGGGAGGAGGAGGAGGCGGGAACCAUGCGCUUGCAGCUGGGGACCAUGAUCAUCAACUCUGAGGACGAGGACGAGGCGGGCACCAUGAAAAGGACAGACGAGGCGUCCCCGCCCGUCAAACCGUCCUUCUUGGAAUACUUUGAGCAGAAGGAGAAGGAGGCCAGCAGUCCAAAUGGACGACGCGGCGGAGAGGAGUGCAAAGUGCUCUCGGAUGCAGAUCUGCAGCUGGUGAGUUCGUGGUCGGUGGAGGACCUGCGUGUGCGUCUGGCGGCCUUGGACCCGCAGAUGGAGCAAGAAAUGGAGGAGAUCCGACAGCGCUAUCAAGCCAAGAGGAAACCCAUCCUGGACGCCAUCGAGGCCAAGAAGAGGCGACAGCAGCACAACAACUUGUGACUCCGGCGACGCAGCGGCAUUCGUUGGGGGGCCGGGAGGUCAGUGAACAUGAACUAACGUGCACACCAAAUGAUGAUUUGUGGCACAAAAUUCAUUUAAGGACAAAAUACAAAGGAAGAACGAAAAGAUGGCGCCAGGGCGUCCGCGCAAGCAAAACGAGCGCACCUUCUGUCAAAAUGCAAAGUUAGACUUGGACGGUUUCUAGCCAAGGUGCGCUCGUUUUGUCCUUCACCGGAAUGAAAAAGUCGCACCAUCAUGUCAUCAAGAACUAUUUUAUAUUUGGGAGUCCCCCGUUUGUAUUUUCGUGACCACCAAUGCUUAUUUUGCAUGCACGUUAUCCUGCACCCAUGAAAUAAUAUUUCGUGGCCUUACCGCGGCCGCAACUUUGUAUUUUGUGGCCACAGAAUGAGUUUUUUCUUGGCACGUCAUACCUCAACUUGGGUGUUUUGUAGCGAGCCAAUCAGAACAUCAUUUUUGGCCAUCAAAUGUGUUAUUUGUGGCAAUUUUCCUCCUCCCCCUAUUGCAUGUGAUGAACUUUGUGUACUUUCAACUUUGGAGAAAUCAUCUGCUCACCGGCCGUCUUUGAAGAUGACAGUGGCGAUACACUGGAGGAGGCCAUGUUGCCUUUAGGAAGCCAAUGUGGUUUCAUCGCACUACUUUUUUUUUUUCUUGUCUUUGGUUCCUGGCUUCUGCAAAGCCACCCUGCAACUUAGGGUGCACCCUUCAAGCUGCGCGCCGCCGUCGUUCCCAUGUGACCGGUGCCCAAGCACUUCCUAUCUUGCAUACUGUAGUUUUUACUUUUAUUUUAUUGUUUUCUGGGGGGGGGGAGGAUCGCAUGGUCAAAAAAGGGAACUACUGUUUGUCAAAAGCACUGGAGGAGAAAAUGCUGAAUUUCUUAGUCUUACUGUAAGCUGGAAGCAAAAUGGAAACCAUAAAAGUUUGGAUUUACAGGGCAGCUUUCAAAACUUUUCAGGGAAACUUGAGUGAGGCACACUUUCAUCUCGCGCCAGCAAGAAAAAAAAAAAUUAAUAAAAUAUGUCCACUUGGCUUUUGCUGGACAUUUCUGAAGUUUCAGCUUGAAUCCAAAAGCCUUCUCUGACUUUGAAAUCGGAGACUUGGACUUUGCCAAUGGAUCUUAUUUGACGCUGGCGGAGAAUUUGCUGCUUCAUCAAUUUUUUUGAUGGUUUACUGAUCAAUCGACUUUGGUUGGUUGGCUGAUUGGUCCAUUCAUUUGUCGAUUGGUUGUGUGGUUGAGCGGUUGGUUGAUUACUCGGUGAGUGGAUUGAUUGGUUGACUGAAAAAAAAAAUCGCUUUUCUGGUUGUUACUGCAUACAUCAAUUUAAUUCCAUCCACUAAGCAACCGAUGAACGAACUCACUCACUGGCCAAUCAGUUGAGCGCCUUUUGAAUUACAGCUGAAACAUUCCACUUUUUUUUCAUCAUUUUGAAUGACCGCGAAUGUACAAAAACUCAUAAAGCGACUCAACAUUCCCGUCACCCAACACAACCCCACUGACGGACACUUUGUCGAGAAACGUUGACUUCACGUGCUUAAGAGCCUUUUUUUUUAAGUUGUUUUGCUGCCUUCAAUUCAAAUGUUUGCUGUAUUUAAGUUGUCAACAGAAUAAAGACCCCUCAAAAAGUC